CGAACAGUGAAGAUUGUGAGGGGGAGCUGGGAGGACAGAAAGAGGGAGCAGGAGAGAGAGAGAGAGAGGGAGAGAGAGAGAACGAGAGAGAGAGAGCAAGGAGUGAGAGAGCAGAGGGAGGGAACAUAUUUUUGCUUCAAACGAGACGAAUUGGCAGCUGAAUAACGCAUCGAGCGAGAGCUUGAAUCCGUGGAUUUUCAAUCCCUUUCCGCCGCCCGUUCGGUUCAACAUUAUCCGAGCGAGAAUGGAGCUACCUGCCGCGGGAGAACACGUAUUUGCGGUGGAGAGCAUUGAAAAGAAACGCAUUCGAAAGGGCAGGAUAGAAUACCUGGUGAAAUGGACAGGGUGGUCCCCCAAAUACAACACGUGGGAACCAGAAGAAAACAUACUUGACCCGCGACUGCUGACUGCUUUCCAAAACAGGGAGAGACAGGAACAGCUGAUGGGCUAUCGCAAGCGAGGACCCAAACCCAAACACCCGCUAAUCCAGGUUCCCUCCUUUGCCCGGCGAUCCAGCGCCCUGUCUGGUUUUCCGGAGGCUUCCCCGGAUGAGGAUGUCCCUCCCAAACUGGACCCCGUGGUGGUCCUGCGCUGCCAGCCACAGCAGUACCAGCUCAACAGCAAAAAGCACCACCAGUACCUGCCCAGCGGCGAGGCCCAGGCCGACCUGCUGCCCAACAGCAAGAGGAAGUACUUCUACCAGCUCAACAGCAAGAAGCACCACCACUACCAGCCCGACCCCAAGAUGUACGAGCCGCAGUACCACAGAGCCAGGGAGGUCAGGGGUCACGGCCAGGCGCCGGGGGGCUCGGACAGAGCCAGGGAGGUCAGGGGUCACGGCCAGGCGCCGGGGGGCUCGGACAGAGCCAAGGACGUCCCCUCCUCCCCGGGGAGCGAUGAGAGGGGGGCGGAGCCGACGGCGCCCGGCUCCGAGGCGCCGCCAGAGACCGCCCUUCCUAGCAGCCUCAGCGGGAAGAUGAAAAUCAUAAAGAACAAGAAUAAGAACGGACGCAUCGUCAUCGUCAUGAGCAAGUACAUGGAGGGCGCCUCCCAUUCCCACAAGGGCAAGAAGGCGGAGUCGGCGGCGGGGGCGCGGACGGAGAAUCCUCCGGAAAGGACUAAAGGCGACACCCAGGAGCCCCGGGCUGGGGAGGGCGAUGACGAGGGGGUGACAGGAGCCCCCGAAUCGGGGCAGCCGCGCGGGCAGCCCCCCAUGGAGCUGGGGAGGUCCCCGAAGGAGGAGCCCAGCGUUCCCGAGCAGAACAAGACGGAGGAGGCCAUGAGCAUGGCUCCACCCCCACCGCAGGACCGCCCCCUCCAGCUCACCACCAGGCCCCACCUGCCCCCCUGGCGUUUCGACAGCCACGCCCUGUCCCGGCUAGACCAGAGGAGGCCCCAGUCCACUUUCGGCCCUGCCCACUCCCGCAAACGCAGCCAACCGGCAGCCCCGGAGGAGGGGCAGGAGGAGUUUGGGGCGGGGUGCAAAAGGUUCCCCGCGCCCAGCGUUUUCAUAGCCCCUGGCCCGAUGCUCUCUCUGCCCCAGGACAAACCCAUGGACCUUCAGUUGCCUGGCAACCACCUCAGCAACGGCCUGGGUUUCGACUCCGACCCCGACGAGCCCAUUGACCUGAGCUGUGCGAAGCCUAAGGCUACAGACACGACCUUGACCGCGACCUUAACCGCGACCUCAACAGCGACCUCAACAGCGGCCGCAGUCACGGAGAGCCCAGACCCACCAGGGGAGGGGUCGGGCGGAGGGGCCCCAGCACGGGCGGAGGAGCCCCUUUGCACGUUCAGUCCUUUCCUGGGGAACAUCAUCAUCACGGAUGUCACCACGAACUGCCUCACCGUCACAUUUAAGGAGUACGUCUCCGUUUGACAGAGGUUCACGGACACCGCCGCCCCCCACCCCCCCCCCAAGGGGGCAUCGGCGAUACGGGGGAAUUUGUAUAUAGCGACAACUUUAAGGAUUGUAUAUACAUGAAGAAACAGUAGAAUUUAUCAUAAAAGAGCAAUGUAAUUGUUUCUCAAUUCGCCAGACUCUGUACGGCACUGUACCCAAGCAAGCACCACCAUGGCUCUUCCUCCUUAUGGAGAUUUACCCUUCAGUGGAUUAAAUUUACACUGCUUAAAACUCCUGCUCCGUGUGACAAUCUUACUUUGCGGAAUAGUCUCGGCUUUGAUUGUGUGGAAGGAUACGCCACACUUGUAAUGCCUAGAGGUGGUAAACUGACCUUUGGAGAUUUUUUACGUUCUUCAACAAACUAUAAGAUACUGCUCAGUGAGCGUGAUAAAAUGGUGGAGUCUGGUUACUGCAUACAUAAGAACCUGGAUGGGCCAAAACUCUCUUAUUUAUAAUGCAGACGUGCCACGUGUUCCGUUUUUGGAGAAUUUUAUACAGUGGUUGGUCACAUUGUCUUGCUUUAUAAGCGAUGUGAAAUCAAAGAGAGCUGUUAUUGUGUUGCCUGUGGUUGGUGGAGGGGGAUGUGUCAGAGGAACGGAGAUGGAUAAAUUGCUAAAUGCAGGUGUUGUGGGUUGAGCCACACAUAUUGUAAUGUACGUGUCGCUGCUCUAGGCCAGACCAAUGUGACACAAACGCAUUGAAUAUCGUCAGUGUCCCAAAAUCUCCAAAAAGAAAAAUCUCCAAAAAGAAAAUAUUUUCAGGAAAAUAGAGAUGGCUUUUUACUAUAUUAUAUUUGACACAGUUAAAUUGAUUGGCUCUGAAUGAACCAAGUCACAAAGUCAGGAUACCGUGGCAGUACAAAGCAUAAUUGACACUUUCUAAUUAUGCAUCAAUCCAAUGGAACAAUGACGAUACACUGCAAAGCCUAUCAGUCAAUUAAGAAGAGAGCUGGAACCACAAUGUAAAUUGCACUAUUUUUAUCGUUGUUUUGGUGGGUAGGUAGGCUGUGGUGAACUAUAAAAUACCAUUACAAUUCUCCAGCUUUUAAACAGCAGUGGUAGAUUUAUUUGUGUUGGUUAAACCCCAAAAGCACACACUCAAAUGGCAUUUAUCUCCCAGGAAAGCCCCCCUUACAAAAGGGAUUUUUGUCAUUCUUUUUUAUAAAGACCUGGAUUGUUUUUGCCAUUCUUGGGAUUGAAGACUACCAGUCUCAUUCAGAAGAUAUGUCCGGAUAAAUAUCUGAUCCAUUUUUUUAAUACACUUGGCAGACAUACAGAUAUGUGUCAGCAGCUUAGAUGAUCGAGUAGUUUUUUUCCCCUAAUACAAUCAAGUGAGGACAUGUCAUCAUAUAAGUGUGUGCGCUUGAGUGCAUGUGUGUAUAACUGUGACCUGCUUUCAAAAGGUCUUUCACUGCACAGCAGAUCAAUUGUUUGUUAAGUCCACCGCAAGGACUAUCGCUACCCAGAGAAGGGGAGGUCCCUUUGUUUUGGUUAAUUCACGACUGAGAACUCGCUGAGAAAUCACUGGGAACUGAGAACAAACUGGGAAUAAACGGCUAGUUAGAAAGCAGGCCUGUUUAGGAAAUGCACUGUUGGGGUGAUCUGUUUGUGACUACUGUAUAGCCUAAUUCAGGAGAUUUUCAAUUCUCUUCCUGUUCUGUUUCUAACUUUCAUUUUCUUUUUUUGCACUUUGUUCUUCGAAGAUAGAGGGAGAUUUACAUUCACUGAAGUAUGUUUUCCAGCAAAUAAUAAAUGAAGAUAAUAAUAA